CGACGAGCUGCUCUCGAUUGGGCAGCGCUGCGUCGUGUCGGGCCUCGCCUCGCGCGCCGAGCUAAACGGCCGCGGCGGCAGCAUCGUCGGCUAUGACGCCCAGACCGGCCGUCAUCUCGUCAACGUGGACGGGCAGGAGGGCAGCAGCAGCUUCUCGCUCAGAGCGGCAAACGUCGGUGCCGCCGCCGCCGAAUCGUCGCUCGAGCCAUCUCGGAUGGCGUCGCUCGAGCCAUCUCGGAUGGCGCCGGUCACCGUGCGGAGAGCGUGGCGCUCGUACCUCGGAGAAUUUGACGGCGACACCGAAGACGAGGACGAGUACGUCGCUGAUGUCCGCGCGGCGAAGCGGCAGAAGGCCGCCGCCCCCGCGCAGAGGCGCGACGUGGUGACACUGCACCCGCGCGGGAGCCGCGCCGUCACCGUCGUCGCCACCGCCGACCUGCACCGCCACCACGAGGAGGAGUACAUCGGAGGCCUCUCGCUCGCCGGCUGGUUCGAGUCGGACCGCUCUCCGGCCCACGUCGACGUCUGCCUCUUUGCGGGCGACGUCGGCCUCGAGACGGAGGCAGAGAGCACCUCGCGCGCGCAGACGAGGCCCGACGGAGCGACGCUCGACUCGUGGCGGCGCCUCCUGGGCCGGGUCCUCGCCGCAAAGCCGGGCAUGCACGUGGUGCUCGUCGGAGGCAACCACGACGGACUGCUCUGCCGCGACGCCGACUGCCUCGCUUGCGCGCGCCUCGCGCGCCACGACCCGGCGGCCGCGCGGCAAGGUGGCGAGGCCCCGCCGCUGCACGACGAAGGCAGGGCUGCGGCCAGCCGCCUCCGCCGCCUGCUCUCGGGCUUGCCCGGCGGGCGGGUACACGUUCUGUGCGACGAGGCGGCGGACCUCGACCUGCCCUGCGGUGCGGCGCUGCGCGUGGUUGGGAGCCCGUGGACGUCGUACGACACCGGCGGCAAGGCGCACCAGUCCAUCUCCCACCACUGGCGACCCGAGGGCGGCUUCCUUUUCGGCGGCGUGCAGCUGCAGCAGCGCCUCGACUGCGCCGCCUGGUGGCGCCGCCACUGGUGCCGCGUCGGCCACCUCCUCUCGGCGCGCGAGACGGCAGGCGGGCGGCGGAUCGCGGGCAGCUUGCUCUGCACGCACACCCCUCCGCGCGGCGUGCUCGACAUCGUGGGCGGCGGCAAAGACAACGGGGCGGGCAUCCGGAGCAGGCGGGUGGGCUGCGCGGCGCUGCGCGAGAUGCUCGAGGGGCUCGAGCGGCCGCCCGUACUCCACUGCUUUGGGCACGUGCACGCUCGCCAGUCGGAGGGCGAGCCGGCGGCGGGCCCGCGCCUCGCCGCCUCCAAGCGCUGCGCGGGCACCCUCUUCGCAAACGUGGCUGCCGAGCGGCAGCUGCCCGAGAUCACAGGCUUCCGGCUCGCGCGGCGGGGCGGCGGCGCGCUCGGCGCGGGUGGCGGCGCGCGCCUCGCGCUGCCGGCGCCGGGCGCUGCGGCGGGCGCGCUGCCGGCUGGCGUGCUCACGAUGCCUCCGAUCUCCGCCGCCGACUACGCGCGCGUGGUCGAGCCCGAGUCGCUGCUGAUGCGACCGCCGACCGUGCUAACUCUCCCGCUAAGCGGUUGGGCCUGCGAUUGCGAGAGCUGGCGAGAGUUCUGGGAGCUGUCC